GUACAAUAAGUAUGCUGGCGGUUACUUUGUUGAAAACAAAGUGUAACCAAGUAGUCUAACGUAGAUUUUUUCUAGAUGUAGAUCUAGACUAGAUCUAGAUUUUAGUAUUUCUAGACCUAGACGUCUAGUAAGGCUAAUGAUAUUUUAAAAAAUCAUGUGGCCAUUGUUUGAUUACACCCUAUACCUAUGUCUGUGCGUUUUAUUAAUGUUCAUGGAAGUUGAUUCACAAGCAACAGUUUCAUUGGACAUUGCCCAAGGACAAUAUUUACUUUUUCAAUGCAACUCAAAAAUACAAAUUAGCUGUGUAUCAAUCCAAGGUGAAGUACUCUUUGAACCUCAAUGGCAACCUGUAACUGCUGGAAUGAGAGUUGAAAGGAUACGACAUGAUAUGGGAAAUGAGGUCAAUCAAACUGCAGUGCUUAUCAUUGAUAAAUUCGAACGUGAAUCUAAUGGGAGAUUCACCUGCUCUGUGAAUACGCCUCAGCCAGUAAGAAGGGAUAUUGAAGUUAACUGUGUAGAAGUUAAUACAGCAAAAGCUGUAUAUCAGUAUCGAGACAAAACUCAACUUUUGGAAUGCACUGUUCAAGUACAGUCACCAAUACUACAAGUAAAAUUUCAAGGCUGGUAUCAAAAUGACAAGCCUAUUAAGGACCUGAAAAAUCCAAAAUUUGUAGAAGAAAAAAAUGGCUCUCUUGUGAUUAAUGGACCAAGACGUGAAGAUGCUAAUCGCUACAUUGCCAAGUACUCUGCUACCUUGAAGGGUGAUGUAGUCCAUGAUUUUAACUGUGUUGUUAACUAUAUUGCUACACCACUUCUAUUGGAUUUUAAGAAAUCCUAUGAUUAUUUUCUUGGACAAAAUUUUUCUAUGACCCCUCAUGGGAUAUUAGGAUAUCCUAGGCCCUCUCUUAAAUGGCUGAAAAAUGGUGCUAGGAUUCCAAAUAACAGUCGCCAUAUAUACGCUCAAGAUGAGUUUUUGAUUAUCACUAAGCUAGGCCCUGCAGAUGCUGCAGUCUAUACCUGUAUUGCUUACACUAAAGAACUUAAUGCCAACUCCACAAAGGAAUUUAUUCUUCGUGUAAAAAAUCCAAUGGAAUGGCUUUAUCCCUUCAUUGGUUGUUGCAUUCAAGCAGUAAUUUUGUGCAUAAGUGUCAUUGUUUGCUUGAAGAAUGACAAAUAUCAGGAAGCUCCACCUAAGAAAAAGCUUGAACCUAAAGUGAUAAUUCAACCUGUUGAAACAGUAAAAAAAAAGAAUUCAUUUGAAUCUGAAGAGACUAGUGUAUAAUUUGCUAAUGUCAUAGGUCAAGAAUUAAAUAUCAGAGGUUAUCAUUUAGCUAUGAGAGAGGGAAAUAAUAUAAUAAAUAAAUUUUAUGAUUAGAAACUCUAGAAUAAAAGUAUGGACAUCUUUAAAAAAAAAUCUAAUCACAAAAUUUAGAGUGGUUUUAAAUGUUUAAAGUUGACAUUCAGAAAGUGUUGCUAUUUUGGUUCUGUCUAAAUAUUAAGAAAAUUAUUUAGUAAUAUUUAAUCCCCAAUAACACACAUAUCACUCAGUACAUUAAGGCUUGAAUUAAGGUUCAAAUAUUAUGUGCUAUAUGUAUAUUUAAGUUCUAUGAUGUUUUUAAGUCUAAACUUAUUUGAAACUUAAUUAAAGUUUUUAAAUAAAUAUUUGAAGGUUACGUUAAUUUUUACAUGAUUCAAAAGUAUCAGUAGUAAAAAACAAUAAUGGCGCAAAAUGAACAAGUAAUCCAAAUUAUGAAAGUGAAUUGUUUUAAGUAGUACAGGAUAAUCAACCAGCCAUUUCUAAACUUUUGGUACAUUGGUAGUUUAUUGUAAAAUGCCUCAAACUUAAAGCAUAUGUCUAAAAAAAAUUAAAGAAUGAAUAGUCUCUCUUGAAAUUUACAUCAAAGGUAAAAAUUGAACAAACAUUAAGUAAAUUUUCUUACAAAAGUAGGUAUGAAAGUUUAAGAAUGAUUUACAGGCUGAUAGGCUUGUAGAAGCUAUUAUGAAUGGGUUUUUUUUUGUCUUACACUUUUAAAAAAAAAUUAUUU